GAGCCAAGGUUUGCAGAGCGUCAACAAGCUAAGUAACUGAACGGGUAUUAUAAUAUCAAAGUUCUCUAAGUGGUUGCAGCAAUGAGUGAUACUGAAGCAGUACCUGCGUUAGAAGAGGCUCCUGCCGUUCCAGAGAAAAAGGCAAAGGCUACUAAAAAGACGGCGAAGGGUGCAGCAUCUCCAGCUAAGAAAAAGAAGUCUGGUAAGAAGAAGAAUCAGCCAGGCAGAUACAGUCAGCUGGUGAUAGAUACAAUUAAAAAAUUAGCGGAAAGAAAUGGGUCUUCCCUCGCCAAAAUCUAUAGCGAAGCCAAGAAAGUUCCAUGGUUCGACCAGCAGAAUGGCAGAACUUAUCUGAAAUAUUCCAUAAAGGCUUUGGUACAGAAUAACACGCUGGUGCAAGUGAAAGGUGUUGGUGCCAACGGUUCUUUCAGACUGAACAAGAAAAAAUUGGAAGGGAAGCCCGAGAAGAAAAAAAGUACCGCCAAGCCCACAAAGAAAACCGGUGCCAAGCCCAAAAAGAAGGUCGAGAAAAAACCUAAGGCUAAAGCCACCGCAAAGAAGGUGAAAAAGCCCAAGUCCGUUGCUAAGAAGACAAAGGUUAAGAAGCCAACCAAGGCAGCAGGCGCAGCAAAGAAACCGAAAAAGGUAGCCAAGCCCAAAGCCAAGGCAACGAAAUCCAAGAAAUAAGACUUUGAAAACUAAAAAAAAAAAACUGUUUAAAGCAGUGCUCGUACAGCUAUUGGCGUAAAAGUAUACUACCUUUCGCUUUUUUGUGGUAUAAACUGACUUUGAGCACUGUUGUGGACUGAAACAGGACAAUUUUUUUGUUGGUAAAUUAUGUUUUAAUCCUCUACAAAGACUUGUUUAAUCUACAUUCUGAAAUGCGUAGCAGACUGCUGGCCGGGGCGGCCGUUAGUCAUUUUGAAUUUGAGGCCACUCCCCCUUGUAAUUGAAACUACAAACCAAGACUGAGUAUUUCGUAAGAAAUCCUAUUUUGGGGCUAGUCUCGUGUGUUCUUGUGGGGAUUUUUUUUUAUUUUUUUAUUUCUUGUGUACAAUUCUUAAAAUGCUCGACCAAUUAUUUGCUUGUAUGUUAAACCACAACCAUUUUUAGAAGUGUUUUUGUUAGGCUACAGUUUUUAGAAUCGCAAAUCCCUCUUUUUCCAAAGCUUACGCUAUAAUUCAGUUGCACUUGAAAGUACAUUUUUGGUGUGAAUAAAGCUAUUUUUAAUAUACA